AACAUUAACAAUUCUGUCUGUCUUUUUAUUACUCUAUACUGAAUUGAAGUCCCCUUUGUUUUUAAUUUACUGUUUAGUGUGAAAUUUCCAAAAUUCAUAACGAAAAAAGAAAACAGAGAAGGAGAUCACAAUGGGAGGAUCAGAAUCAACAUCCCAAACUAAAAAAUCAUCAGCAGAAUUUGAUAAAUCAUGGAGGGAAACACCCUGGGACAAUAAAGAACUUUUGGAGAAGAACCUCAGGGAACUUAAGCUGAGCGAUUCAAAAGUUAAGUACAUCAGGAUCUUGCUCGCUGGAGAAGUGGGAGCAGGAAAAUCCAGCUUCAUCAACUCAGUCAAUAGUGCUUUUCAAAGAAGAAUCACAACAGAAGCUCUUGCUGAUUCUGUGUCUGGUACAAGUUUUACAAGAACACCCCGCACCUUCACCACCGAGGAAUCCAAAGUGGCAUUUACGCUCACGUUACUGUCGGGCAAGGCCGCCCUAUGGGGGAUGGCGGUGUGUGAAAAAAUCAACAUCCGUGUUGUGCCUCAUUCCACGCCCUCUCGGAGGAAAUGA